AUGGCAAUGGAGGCGGGGCUGCUGAGUGUCAUCCUGGGUGCUGUCCUGGUGCAGGUGGGGACUGCAGUGCAGGAGCUGGACAUGCAGAAGGUGGCUUUCCUGUCUUAUGUGCACGGGGGGGCGGGGGGGCCAGUGUCCAGCUCCUCUCGCCCCACCCCUGUCCCUCCAACCCCCAGCCGAUGCCACAGGAGCUACAUCAGGGGCCCCAGGGCCCCUCCCCCGCUCCUCGACGCCUGCCGCACACCUGGAGGCUUUCCCAGUAUCGUAGGAUUUUGGCAGGAAGUUGGCAUGGCCUACAGCCAAAACCUGGCACUGAAGACCCCAAAGAGGAUGGAGACCUUGUUCCUGACCUUGAGUGGGGAUGAGCUGACCGUGAAGGCUGCGUUCAACAGCUCAGGAAGUUGCGAGACAGAAAAAAUAGUGGGCUCAGAAAUAGAUGUUUCGGGGAGAUUUGUUUUUCCUGGCCACAGGGAGAUGCACGUGAUAGACACGGACUAGGAGCAGUACACCAUUCUGAGGGUGUCCCUGCACUCGCAGGGCCGGGACUUCCACGUGCUCAAGUACUUUACUCGGAGCCUUGAGGAUGAGUACAGACCCAGCUUCUGGAGGUUCCGGGAGUAUGGCGACACAGGGCUGUACUUGGUGGCCCGGCACGGGAGGUGUGCCAAGCUCCUGCAGGAGGUUAGCGACCCCGCUGUGCUGUGACACCCCCCAGGCUGAGUAUCCCGGCCUGAUGGGGGCCCGAGGCCCUCUGGACCCAGGCUGCCAGAUGGGGACCCUGGAGGCUGGGGCCUGAGGUCAGGGCUGGGAGAGGGAAGGGGGGAGGCUGGGCCUGCACGUCCCACCUGGCUGGGGCCACAGGCCCGUGGGCCCCGUCCCCGGUUCCCCAUGCCCCACACUGUGCUGGCCCAUCCCCCGGGCCCCGAGAGGUGGGGACUGUCACCCUGCUUUGCAGACAGAGAAACCGAGGCCCAGGGAGGCUGUUUGAUCACAGUCAUGCAGCGAAGACUCGGGCUCCCACCCGUGGCCCCGACCACUGCCC